CUUGACUUGAUCAUUAGCCGCGCGGCCCUUGCUUCUCCUCCUCUCCUUCGUGCUAGAACGGGGCGCCUCGUAUCACUCGAGGACGCUAGAAUAAGAGGAUACCAGGGCUCACAUAACGCGGCCAUCACCCCAAAGUAGGCAAAGGGUGGCAAUUAAGAUGGAUCCGCAUUCUGGAUCCAGAUUUCAUAAGGUUUAGGCUGCUCCGUCCAGUGACCCCAUUCCGAUAACGCAAUCCUCCUUAAUGAGUAGGUGCUAAGCACAUUUUUCCAGUCUAGGAACCUAUUAGCGACGGAUUCGGCAGAUUGCCCCCGAUGCCAUUGUCUUAAGAGCAGCAAGAGCCAUGAUCCUGAAGAUGAGGAGUCACCUCUCUUAGCUUCUGUCGAUUGUCAACAUCGAAAAGCCUCGGAUAUGGGACCACCACUUAGCCCCACCGUCGACCAGGACUCGGUGUUGUCAGAUCGGGAUGCGGACGGUGAUCUCGUGACAGCCGCCGAGCAGCGCGACCUCAAGCGCGGGCUUGCAGAGCGCCAUCUGUCCAUGCUUGGCAUCGCGGGAGCGAUCGGUACUGGCCUGUUCCUGGGACUUGGCAGCGCGAUCCAAAGCGGUGGUCCUCUUGGCGCCUUGCUUGGCUAUGCAACCGUUGGGUUGGUCGUGUGCGCAGUGCAGUUUGCCCUCGGUGAGGUUGCUGCGCUGUUGCCCGUUACUGGAGCCUUUGUGAGGCACGCCGAGUUUCUCGUCGAUCCUGCGUGGGGUUUUGCCAUCGGCUGGAACCUCGUGUACGGCAAUGUCUUGUCCAUUCCGUCGGAAAUCACUGCCAUCUGCGUUCUAUUCGAGUUCUGGACCGACGUCAACCCCUCCGUUUUCAUCAUCACAUUUAUCAUCCUCACCGUCGUUGUUGGGCUUGCCUUUGUUCGCGUCUUUGGCGAGGUCGAGUACUUCUUCGCUGUGCUCAAGAUCCUCCUCGUCGUAUUCCUCAUCAUUCUCGGCCUGGUGAUCGACUUGGGUGGUGUUCCAGGCACCCCCCGAAUCGGCUUCAGGCACUGGAAGAAUCCCGGUCCUUUCGUCGAGUACAUCACCACCGGGCCAUUAGGUCACUUCCUCGGCUACUGGAGUGUCAUGACAAGCGCUGUGUUUUCGUUCGCUGGCGUUGAGUCUAUCGCAAUGGCAGCUGCCGAGACCAAAAACCCUCGCAGAGCCAUCCCGAUAGCCUGCAGAAAUGUCUUUAUCCGAAUCAUCAUCUUCUAUAUGCUCGCCAUCUUGGUGGUGGGCAUGCUCGUCGCCAGCAACGACACGCGCCUGGACGACGCAUAUGGAUCAGCCGCGCAGAGUCCCUUUGUGAUUGCUGCUUCUGCUGCUGGACUACCUGCCAUUCCAUCUGUUGUCAAUGCAGUCGUCAUUACUUCUGCUUGGUCGGCUUCGAACCAGAGCUUAAUGGCAGGAACCCGCGUCUUGUACGGCCUCGCCCUCAAGCGCCAGGCUCCGCGCAUCUUUUUGAAGACGACCUCAUGGGGCACCCCAUGGGUGUGUGUGCUCUUUUUUACCGCCUUCAUGUUCCUCAGUUUUAUGAGUCUUUCCAACGGCGCUAUGACUGUGUUUUGGUGGUUCGUGGACCUGACUGCCGCGGGUGUCUUGGUUUCGUGGUCCGCUAUCUUGUUCAAUCACAUCCGAUUGAGACGCGCUAUGCAGGCACAGAAUAUCCCUGUCUCACAACUUCCGUGGCAUAAUUCCUGGACAAUCUAUUCUUCAUACGCGGCGUUGGUCAUGUCUAUUACCAUCCUCCUGACAGGUGGAUUUGCCGUCUUCACCAAAGGCAACUGGAGUGCUGUUGGCUUUGUCUCAUCAUAUCUGGAUAUCCCUAUUGUGAUCAUAGCAUAUCUUGCAUGGAAGUUUGCGAAGAAGACGAAAAUCGUCUCGUUAACGGAAAUCCCUCUCCGUGAUGCUUUUGAUAAAUGCCACGAAUAAGACCCAUCAUCUGAUCUUUAGACUUCUGACUGGAACCCGCAUCCGAGGUAGACAAGCGUGGCGACUCACUUGGUCGAUUUGAUCUGGGACGUUUGGAAAUGCGAAAGAACUGGGACGAUGCGAAGCUGAAUAACUUCUAAAUAGACUAGAAUGAGUCGUAUUCAUGUAUAUAAACUUGCUGCUUACGGCUAAGGCGACGUUUGCGAUAAUCGAUCACUAAUUAAUUGA